AAACGCAUCACGGUCCAGGAAGUGCGGCGGUCAAAGUGCUGUUUCACCGGGACGCCGAGGCCUCGUGCCGAGUCACAGGAGAGAAACCAGACCCUGCUGACAUUGUGUGUGUGUGAGUGUGAGUGUGUCAGUGUGAGUGUGUGUGUGUCAGUGUGAGUGUGUGAGCGCCUCAGGCAGAAGCAGCGCCGCGCCGCCGGGCCAUGAGUGUGUCCCGCGGGGAGCGGACGUCCGACAGCGCCAUGGAGAGCCUGGAGAAGCAGCUGAUCUGCCCCAUCUGCCUGGAGAUGUUCAGCAAGCCGGUGGUGAUCCUGCCCUGCCAGCACAACCUGUGCAGGAAGUGUGCCAACGACGUCUUCCAGGCGUCCAACCCGUACCUGACGAGCCGGAGCGGCGGCACCGUGACGUCGGGCGGCCGCUUCCGCUGCCCGUCCUGCCGCCACGAGGUCGUCCUGGACCGCCACGGCGUCUACGGCCUGCAGAGGAACCUGCUGGUGGAGAACAUCAUCGACAUGUACAAGCAGGGCAGCAGCAGCAGCAAGCUGGCCCCGGAGCCGCUGUGCGAGCAGCCGACGUGCGAGGAGCACGAGGACGAGCGGAUCAACAUCUACUGCGUGAGCUGCGGCGUGCCCACCUGCUCGCUCUGCAAGGUGUUCGGCGCCCACAAGGACUGCGAGGUCGCACCGCUCAACAACGUCUUCCAGAAACAGAAGGGCGAGCUGACUGACUGCAUCUCCAUGCUGGUUGGGAAUAACGAGCGGGUUCAGGCGAUCAUCACACAGCUGGAGGAGACCUGCAGAGCCAUCGACGAGAACGGGCGCAGGCAGAAGUCGAAGGUGUGCGAGACGUUCGACCACCUGUACGCCGUCCUGGAGGAGAAGAAGGGCGAGAUGACGCUGCGGAUCAACGCCGAGCAGGACGAGAAGCUGCACUACAUCCGCAGCCUGAGGAGGAAGUACAGCGACCACCUGGAGAGCAUGGCCAAGGUGCUGGAGAGCGGCAUCCAGACCAUGGACGAGUCCGAGAUGGCCGUCCUCCUGCAGACCGACAGAUACCAGAAUACAGACUCUGAGUUUGGUGUGUUGAAGUGA